CUAAUGGAUGUUAUUUUGCUUUUUGGAGAAGGCAAACGAAUCAUACUGAAGGAGAAACAAAAAUAAAAGUUAGUCUUCCUUUAAAAACGGAGAGCAAUGAUAGCGAAUAUUUAAGAAAGUCAAGGGACGAGAUUUUACUAGCGACAAAUGGAUCAGAAAAGCAAGAAGCAAUUGGAUAG